UUUUAUUUUAGUUUUAUAUAUAUAUAUAUAAUAUAAUAUAUAUAUAUAGAGAGAGAGAGAGAGACAGAAAGAAAGAAAGGGGGGUUGGCUUCUUAUUUUUACAGAGAAAAAGGGGUUUGUUAUGUUUUGUUUUGUUUAAUUCCAUUUGUUGACAUUUUCUUUUAAAAAAAAAAAAAUUCAUGGAAAUAAGAAACAAAAACUGGGUUUGAAUCUUUAUGUUGAUUCUUGAAUUGGGUAUUUGUUGGAUUUGAGAAAUUCAUUCAAAAGUUUCAAUCUUUAUUUGAAAUUUUGAAAUCAAGAAAAAUAUCAAAAAUAAAAAAUAUUAAUAAUGGAUUUGGAUAAUAUUGAGUGUGUAUCAUCUUCAGAUGGAUUAGAAGAUGAAGAGAUCCACCCACAAAUUGCACAUAAUCAUCAUCAAUUUGGGAAUCUUAAUUCAAAACCUCAUAUUAUUAUAAAUAAUAAUAAUAACAAUAAUAAUAAUAGUAAUAAUGGUAAUAAUAAUUUGGGAAUUCCUGGGUUGACUCCUGCAACAAGUGUUCAUGAAUUAUUGGAAUGUCCUGUUUGUACUAAUUCUAUGUAUCCUCCUAUUCAUCAGUGUCACAACGGGCACACAUUAUGUUCCACCUGUAAAACACGAGUGCAAAACCGAUGCCCUACAUGCAGACAAGAAUUAGGUGAUAUUAGAUGCUUAGCUUUGGAGAAAGUUGCAGAGUCUCUUGAACUUCCGUGUAGAUAUAUUUCAUUGGGAUGCCCAGAGAUAUUCCCUUAUUACAGCAAGCUUAAGCAUGAAGCGUUGUGCAAUUUCAGGCCCUAUAGUUGCCCGUAUGCUGGAUCAGAGUGCUCGGUUACAGGGGACAUACCUUUUCUGGUUACCCAUCUAAGAGAUGACCACAAAGUAGAUAUGCAUACAGGUUGUACAUUUAAUCAUCGAUAUGUGAAGUCCAACCCUCGUGAAGUUGAAAACGCCACUUGGAUGCUCACCGUGUUUCAUUGUUUUGGGCAGUACUUCUGCCUUCACUUUGAAGCAUUUCAGCUAGGAAUGGCACCUGUUUAUAUGGCUUUUCUUCGGUUCAUGGGUGAUGAAGCAGAUGCACGGAAUUACAGCUACAGCCUGGAGGUUGGAGCCAAUGGGAGAAAACUAACAUGGGAGGGAACACCAAGAAGCAUCAGAGAUAGCCAUAGGAAAGUAAGAGACAGUCACGAUGGAUUGAUAAUACAGAGAAAUAUGGCACUUUUCUUCUCGGGUGGAGACCGGAAGGAACUCAAACUCAGAGUUACAGGCAAGAUAUGGAAGGAACAACAAAAUCAAGAAGGUGGGGUUUGCAUUCCAAAUCUUUGCAGUUGAGAUUUAGUCUUGUGUUCAUUUGGAUACAUGUGAAUGUGGUGGGUUUUUGAUUUUUAUAUAUAUAUUUUUUAACUUUUGAUGAAUGAUAUGCCGUUGUCUGUUGUAACGCUUCACGAUUUCUACAGUUCAUACGUUGUUUGUGGUGUAGUUCACGAUUCAGGUUUCCCUAGUUAUUAAAUUCAUUUAUCUCCGUUUUGAA